GCGAGCGCCCUGAGGGGUGUGGCGCGAGGGCGGAGCUUGCCGGAUCGGCGGCUUCGGUGCCGCUGCGGAGCGGGUCCAGCCCGGCCCGGCCUUAACGCAUCAUGGCGGCAAAUCGCAGCGCCGGCCCCGCGGGGGAGAAACGGAUCAUGUGCGUGGGGCUGGUGUGUCUGGACAUCAUCAGUGUGGUAGAGGCCUAUCCGGCCGAGGACUCCGACAGCAGGUGCGUGUCGCAGCGGUGGCAGCGGGGCGGGAACGCUUCCAACUCCUGCACGGUGCUGGCGCUGCUGGGAGCCCCCUGCUCCUUCAUGGGUUCACUGGCCCCCGGGCACGCUGCCGAUUUCAUUGUGGCGGAUUUCCGACGCCGGGGUGUGGACGUGACGCACGUGGCCUGGCAGCCCCGCGGGGACGUGCCCUGCGCCUGCUGCGUUGUCAGUGCUACCAGCGGCUCCCGGACCAUUGUGCUCUACGACACGAACUUGCCCGAUGUGACAGCUCGUGACUUCGAGCGGGUUGACCUCUCCCAGUACAAGUGGAUCCACUGGGAGGCCCGGAAUGCAGCGGAACAGGUGGCAAUGAUACGGCGAGUGGAACAGUACAACCAGUCCCGUCCGGCCGCGGAGCGGGUCCGAAUCUCGGUGGAAGUGGAGAAGCCACGGCAGGAGCUGCUGCAGCUGAUGGGCCUGGGGCACGUGGUAUUCAUCAGCAAGGACCUGGCCCAGCAUUUGGGGUACCAGUCAGCCCCCGAGGCACUGCAGGGGCUGCACAGCCGUGCACAGCCAGGGGCCACACUGAUCUGUGCCUGGGCCGAGAAAGGGGCUGAUGCUUUGGGACCCAAUGGAGAGCUGGUGCACUCAGAUGCAUUCCCCCCAGAGACCCUUGUGGACACACUGGGAGCCGGGGACACCUUCAAUGCUGCCACCAUCUUCGCACUUUCAGCAGGAAAGAGCCUGCAGGAUGCCAUCACCUUCGGCUGCCAGAUCGCAGGCAGGAAAUGUGGGAUCCAGGGCUUUGACAGCAUCGUCUGAGCUGGGCAUGCCAUGCCAGGAGACCACCCCAUCCCUCAGGCACACUGCACCCUGCUGCACCAAAAACGCCCACUGCCCCACCGCCAAUAAAGCCCUGCACUGCCUCACCAUUGCCCCCUGGGCCCCUUUACACUGGACAGGAGCUGCAUUGAACAUGACCAAGGCAAG